AAGUGUCAAACGAAAAGAACGAAACGAAACUAUUAGUGUGAAAUAAAAUUAACCAAAUAGUUUUGAUUUUCAAAUUAAAAUAUUGAACAAAUGUCAUUGCUUGGUCGUUUUCGUCGAACCGUUCUGCCAUCGAGUUCACGAAGCAAAAAGUUACCAACUUCUGCUGAGAAUGAUGGCCAUCAACACAAUUAUCGGAAAUCAACGAAAAGUUUUAAUGAAAAAAGUGUCAAACCGAAAAAGUCCCAAUUCUACACAGGUUCAAAUCAUGGCAUCCACUACAAUGAUGCGAAAGAAAAAUCAACAAGAAACAACGACAACAACAAACUAUUUAAAUCGUCAACGCAUUCAACAAACAAGUUAACAAAAACUAACUCAAAUGAUUUGUUAAGCGGAAGCUUAUCGCGGAGCGAUACAUUCACACUUGAUGAUGCUAAGGAUGAGGCUAACUUACAAAAUGGCACCUAUCCGCACAAGAAAGGAAAAUUUCCGAAUUGUGAAAGUAAUGAACCAUAUGCCAAUACUGUGAACAAAGAUGUAUUCGAAACGUUUUAUGCAAAACGUUCCUUGAAAUCAUCCCACUCAUCGAAAUCAUCAAAUGAAAGUAUUCACGGCAUGGAUGAAAUGGCAUCAUUUACCAGUCCACCAACGAUUAACAAAGGUGGUUCAAGUUUUAAUAGAAAUGCGUCUAGUUUUCGAUCCGAAACGUUAAAACCACGAGAAUAUUUAUUUGGAUCGACUUUCGGAAGAAAAGACAAACCAGAAAAUGAAAAUGUCCAUAAAACUUAUAUUAACAAUAAUUCGACCAAUAACAAAAACCACUCGGAUCGCUUUAAAACAAUAACAAUUAAUAAUUUACGACGUUCUUUUCGUGAUACAUUCUUGGAUACGGUCAAACCGGCCAAAGGACGUGAACACCAGCAACUAUGGUUUAUAAAUGUGAAUGGAAAACGAGAAGAAUCACCAGAUAACGAAGAGCGUGCAAACAAAAAUACAAAAAACUCUUGGCAGACAAUCGAUGACAAUGACAAAUACGUGGGAGCGAAUCGACGGGUCAUGCGAAAUGAAACUUUUCGUGUCGAUACCAACAAUGUCAAAGAAGAAACGAAGAACAAUGCAAUUGGACGACGUGAGACAUUUCGAAUUAACAGAGAUCAAUCACCUGUUCGGUCGUCUGUGGAACAAGUUUCUUCGCCAGAUAGUAGUAUUACAUUCCGGACGCCACUGAGUGGAAAAUUGGUUCCUAUCGCUGUUACGGCUCCAUACAGUGCAUCCAACGACACAGACAUAUAUUCCAAUUCGAACACAUAUCGCAAAAAUAAUAAAGGAAUUAAAAAUAAUUAUUACAAUCGUAUUGAUGAUAAUGAUGGUAAUGAACCGACCAGCUCUAGAAGUACGAAAACUUACACUGAAAUUGAAUCGCCAGAAAGAAAUAAUCCGUUUGGAAUUCGUUCCGGAAGACAUUCUUUCAAUAAUUUCAAUGUGCCAUUUGAUGAAAAUCGAGGAAGUCGUUCAUAUACUUCACUCACAAAAUUGGAUCAGAAAAAGCAAAAUAAUCGAAAAAUUACAAAUCCCAACAACACAUAUGAUGAUAUUGAUACACCAAUUGAACCAUGGCGAAGUAUAUCAAGUAGACAAUUUUCAAAUGGUGAAAAUCGAUCAUUUGUCCCAUAUCGCAGCGACUACAAUGACACUGACGAUUUCGCAGCAAAACCAAAAACCAAUAAUCGCACCACAAUCAAUAUCAAUGGCGAAAGUCCAAAGCAAAAUUAUGAUCAAUCAAUCAAUAAAAUAAUCAUUCCAUUAACAGCGAAUAAUAAGUUGCCAUCUAUGCUUAAGUCAAGUCAAAAUAAAAAUCGUUCCGUUAAUUUUCCAAGCGUUGAAUGUGAAGUACGGUUAAUAUCACCAAACUAUGACCACAAGCCCAGACGUAAAGUGAAACCGGCGAAUGAUUGGACCUUUAAUAAGAAUAUCGAUAUAAAAGAAAUUGUAGACGGCACGAAAUGUAUGGUGUGUAAACAAUUAUGCCCAGGAUUUAAACCACAUUUAUGGAGAAAAACAUGUUUGGUGUGUAAAUGCCCACGAGAAUCGCAUGCUAUAUACCAGGAACAACUAACAUCAGUCAAAGAAAGACUAGGAUUCAAACCAACUGCAAGUGCAUCUACACUAAAUGCAAAACAUUUUGGUUAUACAUGGAUACCGCCAGGAAUAUCAACUGCGAACAAGAUUCGUCAAUAUUUCGAUUUAUUACCUGAAAAUAAGGUACCAAAAAUAAAUACACCGGGAGUACGUUACCGCGAGCAACAGUUAUCAUAUCAAUGGCCAAAGCAGGACCUAGCACUACAAUAUUGUAAUCACAUCGAACCUCAAAAUAAUGCAUCAUAUGAGGAUUUCAAUGUCGCACGUAACGAGAUUGCUUUAGAUAUUGCGUAUGUAAAGGAUUUCAAUGGCAUAUCGUCGCCUUGUAUCAAUUGUGAUAAUGACGUCGAACAGGGAGACUUGGCUGUGAUUGCACCGAAAUUCGGAGAAGAAGUCUUAUGGCAUCCAAAGUGUUUUACUUGCUCGACCUGUAACGAACUGCUCGUUGAUUUGACCUACUGUGUUCAUGAUGACAAAAUUUAUUGCGAGCGACAUUAUGCUGAAGUGCUAAAACCACGCUGCAAUGCAUGUGAUGAGUUAAUUUUCAGUGGGGAAUAUACGAAAGCAAUGAACCAGGAUUGGCACGCUUCACACUUUUCCUGUUGGAAUUGUGACGAGAGUUUGACUGGACAACGAUAUGUUCUGAGGGAUGAAAACCCAUACUGUAUCAAAUGUUAUGAAAAUGUGUUUGCUAACACUUGCGAUGAAUGCAACAAGAUCAUUGGAAUCGAUUCCAAGGACUUAUCUUAUAAAGAGAAGCACUGGCAUGAAGCAUGUUUUCUUUGCAAUAAAUGCCGUGUAUCACUGGUUGAUAAACAAUUCGGCUCCAAAGCCGAAAAGAUUUACUGCGGCAACUGCUAUGACUCACAAUUUGCAUCACGUUGCGAUGGAUGUGGCGAAGUAUUCCGUGCUGGCACAAAGAAAAUGGAAUAUAAGACACGACAAUGGCAUGAAAAAUGCUUCUCUUGCUGCGUGUGCAAAAACCCUAUUGGAACGAAAUCAUUCAUACCCAAAGAACAGGAAAUCUAUUGUGCCGGUUGUUAUGAAGAAAAAUAUGCUACCAGAUGCAUCAAAUGUAGUAAAAUUAUCACUUCUGGAGGUGUAACAUAUAAAAAUGAUCCAUGGCACCGUGAAUGUUUCACAUGCACACAUUGCACAACUUCAUUGGCUGGUCAACGUUUUACCAGUCGCGAUGAAAAGCCCUAUUGUGCUGAUUGUUUCGGUGAACUGUUUGCCAAGAGAUGUACAUCUUGCACAAAACCAAUUACUGGAAUUGGUGGAACACGUUUUAUUUCAUUUGAAGAUCGACACUGGCACAAUGACUGCUUCAUUUGUGCUAGCUGCAAGACAUCGUUGGUUGGUCGAGGUUUCAUAACUGACGAAGCUGAUAUAAUUUGUCCCGAAUGUGCCAAAGCAAAGCUCAUGUAAAUUGAACAGCUUUCAAUUCUCUUUCGAAAGUACAAAGAGAAUCGACGACCACGAAUGGCACGCCAAGUACUAAACAAGAACAAAAAAUACAACGCCAACUAACAAAUAUCAAGCGUUUAACAUAUAAAACCACUCAGUGUUAUUAUCAAAAUAUUGCUAUAUAUGGCACGAUGUUUAUUUGUCCCAAAAACCCUAGCAACUCGUCGCUUAAUCGAUAUUAUAAAUGCAUUUAUCCCAACAAUUUUAAAGAAAAUGCGCAACUGAACUACAUAUUAGCAGAAUUAAUCUACCAAAAAGACUAUAUUAUAGCACGUUUUUAACUAACUAAAACUUACACUUUGAUAUGGAAAAAAAUGAGUAAAAUUUAAAAAAAAAAAAAUGUUAACCAAUUUUAGCUGCUUAUUAUUGAAAAGAAAUCUAACCAUUAGCAUAGAUUUGGUGUUUAUGAAACGUAAUUGCGAUCCACAGUGUUUAUCAAAAUAGUAUCAUAUCUAGUAGAACAGUGUUGAUAAAUUGAUGCAGCUAAUGAACACUGUUUAACUAAUUAAAAGAAACAAAAGAAUUUCGAACCGAAUUCGAUCAUAAAGCAAGAAUGUCAGAAUCGAAAUCAACAUCCAAAGCAUGCCUUUUAAGUCUAUCUAAUGCGGCGAAAUAAUGCAGAAAUUCAAAACAGGAACACACUACUUUAUUAUUAAUGUAAUAUUUCAUACUGCGUUGAAUAAUACUUUCUAAUUUGUUAUUUGAUUGUUCAAUUGUCGCACCUUAUUAUACACAUUUCUUCAACGCAAAAGAGUC